AUGCAAGUGGGCUCGAGACGUUGGAAAGUGAAUUUACAUAGCAGGCCCUACAUUGCAGUACCAGUAGCAGUAACAGCAAGAGCACCAUCAAGGAAUAAUCGCCAUUUUGGAUUUGCGUGUUUCGACAGGUUGCAAGGAAGUGUCGUCGUCCUCGUAAUUACAGGAAUUUCUUCGACCGAGAACGCGACAAAAACAAUCGUACCUUCGUACUCUUUAGAAGUCUUCAGUUCUCAAGAGUGUUUCGGCAUGGAUAUGAUUCCAGAUGAAGUCUAUUGGUGCGUUAUCUUUUCAGAGCAGGAUGCUCAUCGUGCGAAGAUCAUUGAAGACUUAAAAUCGUCAUUGAUAUCGUGCGCGAUGCAAUGAAAUAAAUCGAGUGUUGCAUAAUUAAAAUAAAAACAAAAAAGUCGCGAAAUAGAAGUGGCGUUCGUUUGUCAAUUUGAUAUUGUCGGAGUUACGUGAUUUAAGUUAAUUUUUUUGGUACGUGUGUACUCGAAUCGACUGCGUGCAAUGCAGUCUGUUAUAGAGUCGAUGUUUGUUCGAAUAAAGUUUUAGUUUUUCUUUUUUAAUUCACGCAUAAAUUGUACUUACAUUUGAAAAAAAUUAAAAUUCGCAAAUUAAAUUCAGUGCUUGUCUCGUGAUUUGUGUUAGUGCAUCACUGAAGAUGUUCUCCAGUUACAACUAUUUCAACUUACGUCGGUGCCUAUCUACCUCAUUGUCGACUUAUUGCGGAUCAACCUCCCUCAUUUUUUACUUACAUCGCGGACGAGUGUUUUGGAGCCAUCGCAGAACUUCUUAAGUAGUAAGUCAUUUUUUAAGUCCCUCCGGUACUCAUCAUGCCGAGGAUGAAAGGUCCGAAUCGGCACGAGUCACUGGUUGUAAUCUUUUUCAAUAAAUUACUUAGACGAGCAUGACCGUGAGUAAUUCCUCUUUUGGAUUUACUCGCAAGUGAUAAAUUUUUAUUUGCAUAUGUUCUCCGUUGUUUAUUUAUUGUGCAUGCUUAUUUUUAUUAGCUCAGGAUAGGGUCUUCUUGUUUAAUCGGUUCGAAUCGUUUAAUUAAAAGCGCAAUUAAUUAGCGUUUCUUUUGUUCGUGUUUGCUCGCGUUAUUAAUGGUGAAA